CUCUCUCUCUCUCUCUCUCUCUCUCUGAAGUCCUAGAGAAUACAUUUCUGAGAUCCUUUUUCUUGCAAUUUUUACAUUAAAUACAGAUGGCUUUCCUUUCUAUUCAUGAUUCUAAAACAUCCCAUUUCAUCUCUACUCCAAUUUCUAAGGUUUUCUUCAUUUAUUACACCUACUUAUUCUCUUUCCCAUCUUAGGAAACCUCACUCUUAUUUUCUGAUUCUUGAUUUUCAGCACUUGGGUUCUCUUUUCAUCCAAGAUUUUAACAUACCCAUCUCAUCUCCCUAGCAAACCAUCCAUCUCUUUCCUCCAAUUCUCUGUCUUUCUUCAUCCAUUCCACUUAUGCUUUCUUUCUACUCAAUACCAAAAAACCCAACUCGCAUUUUUGAAUUCCUUGAUUUGAAUGCAUCUUUCAUCUCUUUCCUGAUUUUCCCCACUUAAUGAGAACCGUCUAAUCUAUUCUCAUGGCUACAACACCCCCAUUACGCUACCAUCCUCGGUUUGGAGGCAGAGGUCCUGCUCCUCCUUUCGGACUCCCAAGGCCAUUAGCCCCUCGAUCUUCUUCUUCAUCAUCAGAUAACAGUUUUCCAAUCCUAGCCAUUGCCAUACUCGGCAUCGUAACCACAGCUUUCCUACUUCUAUGCUACUAUGUCUUCGUCAUCAAGUGCUGCUUGAAUUGGAACAGAUUCAAUGUCCUCAGACGUUUCACGAGGACGCAGAGUCGCAACGAUCCAUUCAUCGUCUAUGCCCCCGCGGUAGAGAAUCGUGGCCUAGAUGAGUCCAUGAUCCGUGCCAUCCCAAUCUUCCAGUACAAAUUAGCAGGAGGUGUAAUAGGAAUUGGAGAUGACAAUGAGAAGAACAACAGCCAUGAGUGUGCAGUUUGUUUGAGUGAGUUUCAAGACAAUGAGAGGCUACGGCUCUUGCCCAAUUGCACACAUGCCUUCCACAUCGAUUGCAUCGAUACAUGGCUCCAGACUAAUGCCAAUUGCCCGCUUUGCAGAUCAAGCAUCUCUAGUGCCGCCGGUCGUUUCUCGACAGAUCGGUUCAUGGCCAAUAGCCCACAUCAAUAUCCCAAUCAAAUGGCAAACAAUGCUAUCGAUGUUGGACAGGAUAUAGUCAUAGAAUUGAGUGGAGAUGGUUCUUAUCCAGCCCCAAGAAGUGUAGAUGAAGAGAUUGCAGUUCAAUCUACGGCUACCGCCAGACGCAGUCCAUCCCCAAGGAAGUUAGAACAGAGGACUCUGCUCAAAAAACAGAGGAAAUUGCAUCAUGUCUCGAGCAUGGGAGACGAAUGUAUUGAUGUGAGAGUGAAGGAUGAUCGAUUCUCAGUACAGCCCAUUAGGAGGUCUUUCUCCAUGGAUUCUUCAGAUGAUAGGCAGCUCUACUUGUCUGUUCAAGAGAUUCUGCAGCAGAAUCCACAACUUCAUGAGGUUAGUAGCGGUGAAGGUAGCAGUAGUAACAGUAGUAGAAUUCGACGUUCGUUCUUCUCGUUUGGACACAUCAGAGGAUCGAGAAAUGCAGUUCUUCCGAUCCAGUUCGAAUCAUAGUUCAAGUGAAUUUAGUUCUGUUUUCAAAAUAUAAAUAUCGAAUUUUUAGAGUUUUUUUUAGUAGGGGUGUGAUAUAUACAUUUAAGUCAGUGAGUGUAAAGUAAAAUUGAAUUUGGUAGAUGGAUUGAUAGAUUACUCAAAUGUGGUGAUUCAGCCCUUAUUAUUUCAUCUGGCAUUGCUUGUAUCAUGGACUAUAUGUUCUC